AGAACCUCGGAAACAACUAAACGUAAAAUAAUCCAGACGGGCUGGUAGUGAAUUUUUCUACCUCCCCACUAUAUAUCAUCAACUAUGGUGGUUGGUGAGAAGUGCAGCGGAGCGAGUUGGGGCUCCGACGUUGUGCUUCUCGUAGAGGCAACUGCCAACCUAUUUCCAUACGUGGAAAGUAUUAAGACCAAUUAUAUUGUCCCGACGCUUGAGUUCUUCAACGGUGCACCAGCUGAUGACAGGGACUUUGGUUACGAUUCAAUCAGCAACUGUUCUUACACGUUGUUAGCAUUUACGGCUGCCGAUUCGGCACCGGAACCAGCAUGCGUAACGGUAACACCUCCGACUUCGUCAAUAGGCAAGGUUCUAGCGGCGUUCGACAAAUUGCUCUUUGGAGGUGGCGCUGCCGAACAGUGUUCGCACAUUGGGGAGGCACUAGCAACUGCGCUGCAGGUAUUCGAUGACCUUGCAGCUUGCAAGGGCCCACCGUCGAAGGAAGGUUCCCGACACUGCAUUCUUGUAUGCAAUUCCCCUCCGUACCAACUGCCAGUUCUUGAAACUGUCGGCUUUCAGGGCCAGACCCUCGAGCAGCUGGCAGCAAAAAUGGCGGAGAGAUCUAUUCAGCUAAGCAUUGUGUGUCCGCGCAAGAUACCGCAGCUCUGCAAGCUCUUUGAGAAGGCCGGCGGGGAUUUAAUGGGGACGUUGGCUAAGAACUAUGCCAAGGACAAGCGACAUCUUGUGCUUCCGAGCGGGUUCACGCUGGCUGAACGGCCUGUCACUCCGCCGCCAGAAACGAAAUUCGCCCCUGCUUCACCCCGUAGUCCAGCCCCGGGUCAAAAGCGACCUGCACCACCGGGAAGCUCGCCCCCACGAGAGACGAAAAUUUUCAAACAACCCGGUAACGUGCCUUCUCCCGUUGGUGCACAAGGUCCGCAAUCUGUGGGGCCUCCGGGCACAAAUGUACAACGAGGUCAAGCACCGACACCGCCAAUGAAUCCGAUGGUGCAAAUGAACCAGGCGAACCCGCCGAACGUUAAUAUUCGCCAGUUCAACGCGGAUGUUCGUAGCCCUGGCGGUGGUCGUCUUCCUCCCGGAGCACCAGUUGGUCCCGUGGUCCCGGGCGGUGUGGGGGCUCCGCACUGGAACAAUGCGUCACCACCAGUAUCAACACCUUCACCCUCAGGACCCACUGGGAACAUGUCCUUACUUCAGAGUCAGCUUAGCACGGCUCCCAUGCGACCACAAAAUCCCACUCCGCAAGGGCAGUUCCCGCAAUUCCGACCGAGAAUGGUCGGCCCCCCUGGGCCUAUGCCAGGGCCAGGUCAACAGGGCAAUCAAGGUUCACCUGGUGUUACUUAUAAUCAACAGCAACAACAACAACAACAGCAACAACAACAGCAGCAGCAGCAGCAACAACAGAUCAUGAAUCAAGGACCUCAAGGUGGAAUGAUUGGGCCUGGUCCAGGAGCUCCUAUAAUGAAUCAAGGAAGUGUACCACCAAACCAAGUUAACCCCAACCAAGGUCCCAUGAGUAAUCAGAACCCCAGUAUGAUGGGGCCGAAUCAGGGUGCUAUACCAGGGCCAGGACCCAUGCCUGGACAACAAUCCGCUCCUGUGCAAAGGCGCAUCAUUUGGCGAGGCGAUAUCGAAUACCACGAUCGUGUGUCUAAUCCUCAGCAACGGGUUCAAUACAAAUUGAACUGUGUUAUUGCUUCUCAGGUAAACCAGGCGACAAAACAGCCGGAGGUGAAUGCGGGAACGUGGCCCGACAAAAUGCAGCUCCAGCUGCUUCCUCGGGUACUACUCAUGAACGUCAUGCCAAACAUUAAGAACGCCGCCCGCUGUGUCUAUCUUAAUUUCCAGACUCAGGACCUCAGUCAGCCGGGCAACCCGCAGUUGGCUUCGGAACAGGCUCUGCAAAAUCUCUGCAGAUUAAUGAGUCACAAUAGCGGCUUUCUCGGUUUUAUUCAUCUCACGCCGCCUUGCGAAAUCAAAGUGAUGAUCGUCGUGUAUAUGGCGGAAUCGAACACGUUUAUUGCCCUUAUAGCGAACGAACAGGAGAUGCUCCUUAACUCUAUCAAGCAGGUGUUUGAGCAUCACAAGAAGGCGCAACAGCAGCAGCAGCAACAACAGCAAAAGAAUAAAAUGCUGAUGCAAGGCCAACAGGGACCUUCGGGUCAUGCGAUGCCUGGAGGCCCUCAAGGAGCACCGAUGACCAACAUGGCCCAGCAAGGCCCUCCAAUGACAAUGGGUCAACAGAUGGCUAGCCAAAUGAGCCAACAAAUGGGUGCACAGCAUGAUGGGCCAAGACCUGGCAUGAUGCAGCAGGGCCCCAUGGGGCCAAUAGGAGUUCAAGGGCAUGUAGGUGGUCAGAUGGCUAGUCAGAUCGGUACCCCUAUAGGGCAACAAAUUGGCAUGGCUGGCGGUCCACAUCCGCCUAACCAUAUGGCCCAACGGCAGAUGGGUAUAACGUCACAGGGCGGCAUGGGCAAUCCACAACAACCAAACGUUGCCAUGAAUGCUCAAGGCUUAGGACAACCUAAUGGACCAAUGGGAGGACCAAUGGGCAUGGGGGGUUCGGGUCCCCAUAUGAUGGGUAGUAACGUUCCGCAAGGAGGCAUGAUGGGUCCUGGACCUAACGGGCCUGGUGGACCGCAGGGGCAAGGGCCUGGUGGUCCUGGCCAGCCCGGCGCGGACUUUGUCUCAAUGGACGAGCGUAAGCAGAAUCUAAUAAAGAUCCAACAACUACAGCAGAACCUCGAGGCGGCACAGCAAAAAGAGUUGCAAUAUAAACAACAGCAAAUGCCUGGCCAGGGGCCGGUCGGAGCUGUUGGCGGGCUGGGCGGUAUGAUGGGUCCCCAGGGAGGCCCUAGGCCAAUAGGUCCAGGACCUCAGAUGCGAAGCAUGGCACCGCAAGGAAAUCAUAAUCCUCAGCUCAAGCAUCUUUUACAGCAUUCAGUCCAGGCUCAGCAAAUGCGCGUACAAGGACCCCAGGGAAUGAUGCAAGCAGGUCCGCAAGGGCCACAAAGUGCGCCACAAAUGUACGCCCAGCAAACUCAAAACCAGUAUAUGCCACCUGGCGGUUAUAACCAACAAUUCUAAUUAAUGACGAGAAACAAACGGCGACGAAAUGAAAGAUGAGCAUACAUUUUGCGGGCGGACAGAAAAAUAGACCAGAGAUCGACAAAUGUAAAUCAAUCGUUUUAGAAAAUAUACACCGACAGACACUAUUCAUGUACGAAAUACUGUGAUCGACUGGGAACGGUAAGAGAAAAAGUAAGCGCUCUGCGCUCGUUGACAUAGACCUUGUAAAUUUCUCCAAUUUUUAGGGGUUAUUAUAAAUGAUUAUAUAGAGUCUGCAUAAAGCAUACACCAGUCCCUCCUAUUCAAAGGAAAAUUGUUUAUGGAAAAAUGUACUUGUUAAAAGUGGGGUAACUCACACACAUAUCCGCACAGUUAUAGUAUUAAAUAACAAUUCGUUGCGCAGUAUAGAAUAUUCUGUAGUUCUAUAGUUUGUGGGCCGCGGUAUGUGUGCGUUCUUUUGGUAGGAACGCAUGGGCGGGAUAUAUUGUAAAUUUCAACGAAACUAUAUUUAUUAAAUUAGCAGAAAUUGAGAAAAAAGGGUUAUUAGUUCGCUUCGUAUAUAUCACAUAUAUAGAGAGAACAAUUUCUGUACUGAGUCUACUGUGAAAAUUUGAAUCGACUUUUCUUGCAUGUUGACAGUGACCAUUGUAUCAUAGCGGCUUACAUAGGUACCCAGGUGACAAAAAAGGAGGAGAAAAUAAAAAACUGUAAAGGUGUCACUCACCUCUCCCUGCAUACGUUGUACCGUUUCACAGAGAUUUUACGUCGCGAGUGAGUACUAUCGCGGCACGUGAAGUAAAGGAACUUAAAUAUUGAAUUACCAACAAAAAUCUUUUUUUUACUUUUAACAAAUGUUGAGCAAACUAGAAACCUACACGAUUUGUCCUGGCAGAUCGCAAUGCACGUAUUCUGUCGCCAGAAAUUAAAAUCAGCUUUGUGAAAUAUCUACAAUCGAUUUCGCAAAACAAAUCAAAUAGACAAGUCAAUGAUAAGCAAGUCUAUUUUUAUACUAUGUUUUGAAAUUAAAGUCCAUUCAACACAGUUUUGCUCUUUUUAAGAAAAUAAUGAUAUAUUCGACGUAAGUAGAUGAUAUGACCUAAGCUUCAAAACGACAUAUAAAAAUAAUCACUUCUUUUUCACUUCUAAAUCUGAUCUAUUUGACAAGAAGAGACGUCAUAUUCCUUAACAUAUAAACAGUAACCUAUGCGACACGAUAAAUAUCAUCUUCAGAAAAGUCAGAGACACGGUCGUACUGUUCCCUAGCUGGGCCAGUUCUUGCCGAAUUUUUUUUAUCGUGAUGCUGUGUAAGCUAAGGUACUAAAUAAAAAAUCCCUGGUUUGUACUGAAGUAAGCAGAAUUUUGACUAUAUUUAAAAGGCUCGCUAAAAGAAUUUCAAAGUACAUAUUCAAAGACUGCGAAGUGGUGAUCACUUAAAGAUCGAAGGAUACGUCUGUGGAAAUAAAUAUCAAGGUAAUAUUAAUCUUCGAGAUAGAUAAUGUACAACUGUAAAGUAGUAGUGAUUUCAAACUUAAUGGACCGUUUCAUAGAAUGCUUGAUCAGGCAAACAAAUGUUCUGAUGUAUCGUGCUAUAAAAGAUUUCCUAUACUCACAAUAAUAUUCAAUAUGAAUGUUUUGUAUGUCAAUGUGUUUGUCUACGUACAUAACUUCUAUGUACGCAACGACACUGCAUUGGAUUUCAGCUGGCUGAUGUAAUAGUAAACUGAAUGACUUCAAAAACCCGAUCGGUUCUAUUGGGCAAAUACCCGAAGCCUUUGAGAACUGAAAUAUUUCUGACAUCUGUUUUGUAAUUAAACGCUUCACAAUUAAGCCGAUUAUUGUAUGUUUGACUACUAGUACUAUUAAGUUUUGCUUCAAUUAUAAGUAGUAUCGUUAGCUAUACAAUGAGGUAUUUAUUACACUUUGAUGAUAAAUGUGACUCUUUUUGGAUAUGUUAGAGACAGGCUUAACACAGGUGGAGAAAAUAAAUGAUUUCAAGGAAAUAAUAAUUUACUUCUAUUAGGAAAUAUGUGGCCUUUAAACUAAUAUUCGUUCAAUGUGUAUAAAAAAAUGAGCUUAUAUUCAUACGAAGCUCUUCUCUUUAUUACUAUUAUUAAUUACAAUAUUAAAUGGUUAUGAUGUUGCUCAGCCCGCCCCAAACCCAGAGAAGACAUGGAUAUCACAGCCCGCUAUACUCCCUGCGGCCCCUAUAAUCACCGUGCUUCUGUAAUCCAUAGGGAGGAGUCUGCUGGAGUUCGCCCUUUCCACAGCCGCUCCGGGCACCGUAGUACGGUUCAGCCCUACAGAUAUCAACAAUAACAAACCUACGACGGCAAAUUCCUCUCGCCUGUUCCCUGCCAGACCCCCCCCCUUCCUUAAAGGGCCGUCCGCCAAUAGACGUGUGACCGUGGCAGCUGCAUAAAGUUGCCCAGCGGCAAACCAUCGGGAUACGCAACAAUAUUCUAAACUGCUUUCUGUAGAAUUCAUACUGAUGCCAAUAUUGUAGCAACCGACAGACGGUAAUCCCGCGGCACAAUUUCUAAUCAGGCCAAAACGACCAGGACAACAUCGAAGACGAUAAAAAAAAGAUCGCACGGAAAAUGGUAGAGUGAUCGACAGAAUAGUAUCAAGCAAACGAAUGACAUAGCAAUAAUAUACGCGAAAGCCUAGAAAAAAAAGAGAGCAUACCAAAUCGAAGCUGAAAUGGAAUACUGAUAGAAAAGUGCGAAAACUACGACUGUUUGAUUCACGCGCGAAUUUACCGAGACAGAGCAG